GCCAGAAGCAUCAAUUUAGAUUAGCAGCAGCAGCAGCAGCAGCAGCAGCAGCAGCAGCGCAGGGGUAGCGGGAUGGCGACGAUGGCAGUAGAGGUCCGUGGUGGGGGCCAUGCCGGUGGAAGCACCUGCCGACCUCGCUCGCUUUCUCCCGCUGCGCUUCUCCCACCACCUGCUCCUGCUCGUCUGCUGUUGCGAUGCAGCGCCAGAGGAUGCGACAAGGCAUUUGCCAAGCCGAGCAAGCUGCUCCAGCAUGAACGGACACACACGGGUGAGAGGCCGUUUGCAUGCCAACAUGACGGCUGUGGAGCGUCUUUUGGGAGAAAGGACCAUCUGGAUCGGCACGCGCAGACCCACCUCGACGAAGACGACGACAACGACGACGACGACGGGCGCGGGGCCGCAACGAUGAGGAGACGGCCCUUUCUAUGCGAGUACAAGGCGGGGUCCGUCGAGUGCGGAAAGAGAUUCUUGACCGCUCAGCAUCUCCGGCGACACAUAGACGAGACGCACGAUGACGCACGAGCAGUUGGCCAGAGCACAACAGACGACGAGGACGACGAGAGGAAGGCUGUGGCAGAGAGCGGGAGAGGCGGUGACGCUUCCUCGUCGGUGAUGGGCCAGCACAGCAUUCCUGGGAAGAAAAAGCGAGGGGGCAAGAGAAGCAGAGCUGGGGGCGAGGGUGCCUAUCAAUGCGACGUGCCAGGCUGCGAACAGAGCUUUACAAAGAGGAAGCAUCUACGCACGCAUAUUGCUGCCUCUCACGCUAUCCGCGUUCCUGUUCCCGUCCCAGCGGCCGCCCAAGGAGAUGGCGAGGACAGCACCAGCCCGCUGUUUCCAUGCACGCAUUCGGGCUGCCUCAAGCAGUUUCCCACUCAUUCGAAGCGGGCCGCACAUCUUCGAACAGCCCACGAUGCUCAUCGGUACAUGUGCACGCUGCCGCACGAGAGUGGCGACGUCAUUUUCUUCUCGACAUGGUCGGACCUGCAGCGCCAUCAGCGCGACGUCCACCCGCCUCGGUGCCACUGGCCAGGUUGCAAGGACAAGGUCUUCAAGACUCGAGAGAACCUCAAGGCGCAUCUUCGGCGGCAUAUGGAAAAGGAGAGGCACCUGCAGGAUCAAGGCCUUGUCCUCCCGCCCUCCUUCUCCACGACUUCAGGUCCAACCGGACGGGUAGCUCAGACAUCGAUGGCAUUUGAGUGCCCGGAUUGUGACAAGGCUUUUGCUUCAAAGUACGCACGCGACGUCCACACCAAGACGGUGCAUCUCGGGCAGCGCGACUAUGCAUGCAAAAAUGCCGGCUGCGACAAGCGAUACGGCCACAAACAUCUCGUCGUGCGCCAUGCGAGGGUCUGCCCCUUUCAGCUUGCCCAGGGCGAUUCGAGGGCAGAUGGCAAGGGCGAGGGCGAGAAUGACGAGGACGAAGCGGACGACGAAGAGGAAGCAGCAGGGGGAGACGAAGAGGACAUGGACGAUGACUUCUUCCGGAGAGAGGGCGGCGCCGUGCCAGAAGAGAGUGCGUCGAGGGGACGUGUACGCAAGCGCAAGCUCGACGCGGGCGAAGGCGCGCCCAAGAGCUUCCUGGUGGACCUCUUGACGGGAAGAGGAUACGGCGCCAAAGCCGCGCCAAAGAGGCACAGGCUUGCAAAGGGAAGAAUUCUGGCCUGUCCCUGGUCCAAGAUCAGCGCGGAGCUGGCCAAGCGAGGGGACGAGACCAGCAGCAACAGCAGCGCUUGUAUCACUUGCGACUAUCGGUUCUCGAGAGUGUAUGACGUGCAGCGCCAUCUCGCCUCCAAGCACCAAGUCGAUCUUUCUCAGCUAGAAAUUCGAGCGCUGCUGACGAGCGAAGAGAGGCAGGCAUUGCCCAAUCCACGUCCCUCUGGCUCGCAGCGAGAUCAGACCUUGUACACCUACGACGAUUCGGACGAUUCAGACCGAGAGAGCACCUAGACGAGACCACUCUACCAUCAUGUACAAUCAUCAUCAUUACCCUAAUAUUACACUACCAUCAGC